AUGCGGUUCAGCGUCCGCCCAGACUAUCAGGACAUCUUCAUCAAGAGCCUGAAUGGCCAUGAGUUGCAGGGAUGCGAGACAUUCGUGCAGAGUAUUGAGCGAGUCACUCUACGUAGAUUGACUAUGGAAACCUCGUUGAGCGACAACCUGGACAAAUGCCAUGCUCAAGACGGGUCGCCACUUUACAGCAAGUUGCCAAAAGAGAUACGAGACCUGAUUUUCGAAUUCGCGACGGCGCAAUACGAAGACCUCGAUCAUGAAUACAAGACAAACGCGUUUCACUAUCGACCUGGCCACAGAGGACCGCUCAAGACUUCGACUGCUUUGCUGAGGACGUGCAGACGUAUCUGGCUGGAAGCAAAUGUUCUACCAAUGCAACAAUCUAAGAAGACAUUCUGGCUCGAGACUCAUCGUGGUCCUCCCAACCAGUCGAGGUAUGACUUUGCCAGCGACUGGACUUCGCUGAACAAGAAGAAUUAUAAUACCCUGCAUCUGUUCACGCAAAAGCACAAGGCGGACAGGCUGUUCACAAGUGCAGACAGCAUUGCCGCUAUCAUGUACGAACUGAGGCCAAAGGUACUUCGCGUGACUUGGCGGCAUACUGACUGGUAUCGGUGGGAAGAUCCGCUGCCUCUCGAAUUGGACGAGCGCUGGAUCGAGCGUACACUGAGUUCUCAGCUGAUGCAAGGCGUGCAGAGAUUCGAGCUGGAGCUGGAGACUCUCACAAAGAACAGAGCACAGCUUGAAGCGAUUGUGGAUCGGAUUUCAAAGCUCGAAGGCUCGCCUAUUCGAUCAGAAUCUGACAAAAACCUCGUAAUGCGAAUGAAGGUGGUGGACGAGCCUCAAGUGUGGGAGUGGACUGGUCCGCCCAACAUCAAUGACCAUAUUGAAGAGGCACACGAAGGCAUGGAAAAGCUGGAUUACCACGUUAUCAUACUCACGUGGAAAGCCGUGCGGACGACUGCACCUGACGGAGAAAACUCUAGCCAGCCUGCACAAGGGAUUGAUUACUGGGCUCAUCUACAGUCGAGAGGCCUCAGAAGAGCACCACGGCCGCCAAGGAUGAUCACACACACAGUGCGACUGCACUUACUGCAGGGCGGAUGGCAGAGACGACAGUUUCCUUUUGGAAACUAUCUCGUCAGAAAAGACGAGAUGGACAUGGCCGAGUUGACGGAGCAGGAGAGGCGAAUGCAGUUCUUGAAGGCUUUUGCAGAUAUUGAGGCGAAAAAGUUUGAGGAGCGAUGGAAGGCUGAGGACUCUCUUCUGAAGUUUGAGGAUUGA